UGUUCAUUGCCACCAACUUGGUUGCUGCUUUCUUUCACUUACGCCUCGAAGUUCCAAGAACAACAAACAACAAAAAGCCUUCAUAUAAAUCAAUUAAAUUAACCUUCCCCAUUGCUUUUAAUUCAAAUCCAUGUUCUUUUCAUAUUACGAGGUUCCACUGCACGCUAACUUCUCUCUCUCCUUCAUCAGUUCAUUUCAAAACCCUUUAUUUAUACCCAAAAAGGCAAAAAUUCAACUCUGUGAUUGAAGAAGUAGGGAGACGAGAAUGUCAACAAGAAGUAGGAGGGUCAAAUGGCACCUAACACCACCACCACCUAGCCCAAAAAUCAUUAACUUACCUAGAAGGCGUAGUACUCACCGGAAAAAACCCAGAGCCACCGUCAAUAAACAACCCAUCUCGGCCACCACCGGUUCUGGGAUGAUACAGACGUAUAAUUACAAAGGGAAGCUGGAGAGUUUGUUUGGUGCGGAUAGAGAGUUCACGCGUGAUCAGGUUGUGCUGUUGAGUUCGUCGGAGAGAAGAGAGAGGGUGGAAGCGGAGGUGGUGGAGGAGGAGGAUGCUGGUGGUCGGCUGGCGGAAGAGAAGUGGAGGUUUCAGGCGGAGAUAUUGCGAGCAGAGUGUAAUUUCUUGAGAAUGGAAAGGAAGUUUGCGUUAAAGAAAUUGGAGAAGAAUCGUGUUCGAAUUGAAAAAACUCUCAAAUCUGCUUUACAAAAUCUUGCUUCUGGAAGAAAGAAGCUUUUUGAAGGGAAGAACAUGGAACUGGUGUUGGAGGAAGAAAUGAAAGAAUUAGCAGAGAAAUUAGAGGAGUUGCAGAGUAGCUAUAAUGGCAGCGACGAUCGUGAGCUUCAGAAAUGUAAAAAUUUCGAUAAAAAGGCAUCACAUUUACAACGAAGAUUGGAAAAGCUUGGAGGAUUACCAGAGGAUGAAUACAAGGAGAUGAAGAACGAAUCAAGUUUCCAUGAUCAAUCAAAUUCUGAAGUCAACGUAAACACCUCCAUUUUGAACUGCAAAAGUCAACCCAAGUCCACUGAUGUUGAAAUGUUGGAAAGAAAAAUGGAGGGGCUAUCGAAGGGUGUGUUUGAUGUGAUGAUGGAGAAGGAGUAUGGAUCCAUCAUCAAUAGUUCGGUUGCAAGUUCGGCUUCUACUUCAAAACGAAUCGAUUUCCCUGAUCACUUUUCUUUUUCUAAUAGAUUUGCUAAUCACGCCAAGGAAUCAUUGGAGGCUAACAACAAAUGCUCGGGGCGUUGUAAGGUGUUGGUGAAGAGAGUAGUGGAGCAAGUGAGAGCCGAGACCGAACAAUGGACACAAAUGCAAGAGAUGCUUGGACAACUGAGACAUGAGAUGGAAGAGCUUCAAACUUCAAAAGACUUUUGGGAAGGUCAAGCUCUCGCUUCGAAUAACCAAAUCCAAUCCCUCCAAUCCGAUGUCGAGGAAUGGAGAGAGAAGGCAAUCAAGUACGAAACAAAGGCCAACAAGCUAGAAACGGAGGUUGUUUUGGUGAAGGGUGAGCUUGAAAAGUUAAAGAAAGAUGAAAUUACCUCAACGCCCAAAAAGAAGGUGGUUUCUUUAGGUAAACAAAUCGAAAAGGAGGCAAAGAUCGGGCUAAGUUGUCGAAUGAAGGGACAAUGUGAUGUUAUAGAUAGUAAUAGACAUGAGAAAGUUGAACAAAGUAAGAAAGACUCACAACCAUUGUCAUUGGGGAAACAACUUGCAAAGGAGAAAAGGAUACUCAUUUCAAGAUUGAAGGAAAACCGAACAAGGGAUAAUGAAAUGACGAGUGAAGGGCGAAGAAAAGGGUAUAAUUACUUGGUGAGAUCUCCGUUUAAAGAUAUAGGGAAUUCAUCAUCAAAUAGCAAUGCAGUUUACCCUUUGCAUUGACUAAUUAAGUGUUGUUUGAGGUGGUAUUAGGCUA